CAUUUUGCUGACUGAACUCUGCGGACAAAACUCUUUACACGUCUCCUCACUCCCAAAACCCACACAGACACUCCUCCAUUUUCUCCCUCUCUUAAACCCUCUUCCGACCUCCUAUUCUCUCUCCUCUCUCUCUCUUCUAUUUCCUGAUCCUGAUGUUAUAAAUCACUGCUCAAUCACAAAGAAAGAAACCCUUCAAUUGCGCCCCAAAAUGCGGUUCGUUAAAUCAUUGAAUAACAUCUUAUCAAAUGAUUCUAAUUUCAGGAAUUUCAUGGUUUCAUCAUCUUAUUUGAAGAACAAUGUCCAAUCUGGGCUAGGGUUAGGGUAUAAUUUCAGUCGUAGGAAUAUUGUUACGCACUGUAGAGCGGUGCUUUUGCCGCGUUUUGGCGGGCCUGAAGUUCUUGAGCUUCAUCACAAUGUUAGUGUCCCUCAUCUCAAGCCUAAUCAGGUCCUUGUUCGUGCUCGUGCCGUCUCCGUUAACCCGCUCGAUCUUCGGAUGCGAGCAGGCUAUGGCCGAUCUGUGUUUGGGCCUCUACUUCCCCUCAUUCUGGGCCGUGAUGUUAGUGGAGAAGUUGCAGCAGUUGGAAGUUCAGUUCGAUCGUUAAGUGUAGGUGAAGAAGUUUUUGGGGCAUUGCAUCCGACCGCUAUCAGGGGUACAUAUUCUGACUAUGCCAUCCUUUCAGUCGAAGAAGUUACAAAAAAACCAGCUGCCAUGAGUCAUGUGGACGCUUGUGUGAUUCCCUUUGCUGCACUUACUGCAUGGCGUGCACUCAAAAGUACUGCAAGGAUUGCUUCAGGGCAAAAGGUUUUGAUAAUUGGAGGUGGAGGGGCAGUUGGUUUUUCUGCCAUCCAGCUAUCAGUGGCAGCUGGUUGCCAUGUGACGACAACUGUUGGUGGGGAGAGUAUUGAACGUGCUUUGGCAGCUGGUGCUGAGAAGGCUGUUGACUAUACCACUGAGGAUUGCGAAGAAGCAAUUAAAGGUCAUUUCGAUGCUGUUUUGGAUACCAUUGGUAUACCAGAGACUGAAAGACUAGGUGUAAAUGUUUUGAGGCAAGGCGGACAUUACAUGACUUUGCAGGGAGAGGCAGCAUCCUUGUCUGAUCAAUAUGGUUUGGCUAUUGGUCUUCCAAUGGCUUCAGCUCUUCUGUUAAAGAAACAAAUUCAGUAUAGGUAUUCACAUGGAAUAGUGUAUGGGUGGACAUACAUGAGAGCUGAUUCUGAGGGUUUACAAGAAAUCCGCAGGCUGGCUGAACAUGGGAAGCUGAAAGUACCUGUUGAAAAGACUUUCCCGUUUGUACAAGUGAAAGAAGCGCAUGAGGCAAAAGAGAAUAGGACAAUUCCGGGAAAAGUGGUGCUUGAAUUUGAUUGACAAGAGACGAACACAUUGCUCGUGAUCAAUUAACUAGCUUUCAGCUGUGCAUGUUCUUCCGACCCGGGUAUGCAGAAAAUCUAAAGGAAAUUUGCACGCGGACUUUGCUUUCUGUAGUUUCGAUUGUGUUUGGACAGAUACUCAGAAUUCAAAUCUGUUUGAAGGUCAAAUAAAUGCACUUCUCUCUAAACAUGGAGACAGCAGGGACCUGGAGUGUCAAAACUAUAGCACUAUACUGGAUACUCUGCUAGUGAAGUUUGUAUAUUCAGUGCCAAAUGUAAAUAAUAUUUGUGAUUUUGUCAAACUUCCAAAGAGAAGGCUUUUGUUAGAACUUAAAAAAAGUUAAUUUUCCGUUCAAAUUUUUUUGUAGACAGAUCAUAACUGGAAAACCAAAUAAAGUAGCUGAUGGUUUGACAGGGGAUCUAUGUAAGACGUUAUUUUCUGAAUACCAGUAUGCUAAUUUUGUACC